AAGUGGGUAGCUGUAAUAAUUAGCUAUUUAAGAUUGUCAUUUUUGGAAGGCACUCAUCUCCGCAAUAAAUUCCGUAGUGACCAGACGUGUUUUACUGUGCUCCCAACUAUUCCUGCUUACAUAUUCUUCAGUGGCGACGAAAAAUAAUUGGACGUAUACGUGUGCGUGAUAAAACCAAAUAAGAAAUAAAUACUUAAAAUAAUUAUAUGUAAAAGUGUCGUGUCGAGACUACAAGCGUAUCAAGAUGGCGAUAGGCAAGAUCGGUCCAUUCGAUGUUACGAAAGAUUUGUGGGAUUCGUACGUAGAACGUUUAGAACAAUAUUUUAUUGCGAACGAAGUGAAAGUAGCAAUGAAAGUGGCUACCUUAAUAACUGUUAUGGGGAGUGAUGCGUAUGAAUUGAUGGUGAAUUUGUGUACACCGGACAAACCGUCGACUAAGUCGUUCGAGGACCUUGUCAAGGUCAUGAAGGCACAUCUGCAACCGAAGCCAAGUUUGUUAGCAGAGAGGUUCAAAUUCAGGCAGCGAGUACAAAAAGAAAACGAAAUAGUGAUAGACUACUUGACAGAAUUGAAAAGGUUAUCGAAAGACUGCAAAUUUGAGUCGGCCAGUUUGAAGGAGAACAUUCGAGACCAAUUCGUAUGCGGUCUCAGGAAUGAAAAUAUAAGACAGAGAUUAUUUGCGGAGGAAGACAGCAUUACUUUAGAAAAAGCGUUUAGACUGGCUGUAGCGAUGGAGACAGCAGAAACUAAUGCGGCGUUGGUGGAGGACCGUACGAGGGCCGGAAAGAGUGACGGGCUACCAACGACAUCAGUGAAUCAGCUGAGAUCAUCGGAGAGGAACCGAGCGAGGCGUACUAGUACUUGGCACGGAGGAAUGUAUCGUGGCCAGAGCGAUAAGGAGACAGGAGCUGGCGCGAGCGGCAGAAGCGGAGCGGGCAGCGAUAAACGGUCGGCUGGAAAACACUCUUCAUUUUUUUUUAACCCUGAUACAAAGAGGUGUAACGUUUGUGGUGGUCAACAUGAGGCCACUUUAUGCAAGUUUAGAUAUUACGUGUGCCGAGUAUGCAACAAGGAGGGGCAUUUAAAAAGGAUGUGUCCAAAAUUUAGAGGUGGUUAUUCUAAGCUUCAUCACCUUUCAGAACAAAGGGUGAGGUCCGACAGUGAGGAUAAUGACAGUGAAGAGUUCCAGAUAUUGUGAGGUGUUUGAGGACGGGUUGGGAAGGUUCACGGGCGGCAAGGUCGGAUUCCGACUGAAAAGCGCGGCGCGGCCGGUAUUCCUGCGCGCGCGACCGCUGGCGUACGCACUGCGCGAGCCCGUCGAGCGCGCGCUCGACCAGAUGGUGCGCGACGGCAUCCUCUCGCCCGUCACCAGCUCCGACUGGGCAACGCCCAUCGUGCCGGUCAUGAAGAAGGAUGGUACGAUACGUAUAUGUGGUGACUUUAAACUAACAUUAAAUAAAUGCCUAGAGGUGGAUCGUUUUCCAUUACCGAGAGUAGAGGAUUUAUUGACUAAAUUGCACGGUGGUCAAAAAUUUUCAAAAAUUGACUUAUCACAAGCCUACGCCCAGUUAGA